AUGUCCCACGCGUCCGCUCUCUGUCGCCAGCGUCGUUGCCAUCGCUUCCGCAGCUCGUCGCGUUCGCGACCCCAGCCCGUCGCCUUCACUUCCCCCCUGUCGCCCCUACUCCCCCCCCCUCCCCCCGCUUCCGUUGCCUUCAUUUCCCACUCCCGUCGCCUUCACUUCCCCCCCUCCCGUCGCCUUCACUUCCCCCCCUCCCGUCACCUUCACUUCCCCCCCUCCCGUCGCCUUCACUUCCCCUUCCCGUCGCCUUCACUUUCCCUUCCCGUCGCCUUCACUUCCCCUUCCCGUCGCCUUCACUUACCCUUCCCGUCGCCUUCACUUCCCCUUCCCAUCGCCUUCUCUUCCCCCUCCCUUCGCCUUCAAUUUCCCCUUCCGUCUACUUCAAUUCCCUCUUCCGUCGCCUUCACUUCCCCCCCCCGAUGCGUUCAAUUCCCCCUCCGGUCGCCUUCCCCGCAUGCCGCACUCGCUUUCCCGCCCUUCACACUCGCUUCCCCACCCGUUGCCUUCACUUCCCCUUCCAUUGCCUUUCGCUCUCUCCUGCUCACUCUCUUUCGCCCUGCUCACUCUCUUUCCCACUGCUCACUCUCUUCCCCCCUGCCCACUCUUUUCCCCACCCUUCACUCUCUCCUCUCUUGUUCACCCCCUGUUCUCACCCCUCUUCCCCCCUUCACUCAACCCUCACACUCUCCCCUCCCCCCUCCCCCCACUCUCUUCCCCCCUGCUCACUCGCUUCCCCCCUCAAUCUCUUUCCCCUGUUCGUUCUCUUUCCCUCUGCUCACUCCCCUUGUGCUCACCCCACUUUCCCCAUUUCUCACCCAUUUUCCCCUUCACGCUCUCUUACCCCCUCUGCUCGCCCCUGUUUUCCCGGCUCACUCCUAUACUCACUCUGCCUAA